UUCUGAGCCUGGCGCUCCCAAGCCACGCUCUCGUAGCUUUUUCCUGCAGAACCGAGGAAGAGGAGAAGUCCAGCAGCCGAGCCCAGGCUUUCCCCCGCGCGCAGCCCCGACGGGGCCGCGGCAGGCGCGGCGAGAGCGCCGACGGAGCCAUGAGAGAGUACAAAGUGGUGGUGCUGGGCUCGGGCGGCGUGGGCAAGUCCGCGCUCACCGUGCAGUUCGUGACGGGCUCCUUCAUCGAGAAGUACGACCCCACCAUCGAGGACUUCUACCGCAAGGAGAUUGAGGUGGACUCGUCGCCGUCGGUGCUGGAGAUCCUGGACACGGCGGGCACGGAGCAGUUCGCGUCCAUGCGGGACCUGUACAUCAAGAACGGCCAGGGCUUCAUCCUCGUCUACAGCCUCGUCAACCAGCAGAGCUUCCAGGACAUCAAGCCCAUGCGGGACCAGAUCAUCCGCGUGAAGCGGUACGAGCGUGUGCCCAUGAUCCUAGUGGGCAACAAGGUGGACCUGGAGGGCGAGCGAGAGGUCUCGUACGGCGAGGGCAAGGCCCUGGCCGAGGAGUGGAGCUGCCCCUUCAUGGAGACGUCGGCCAAAAACAAAGCCUCUGUGGACGAGCUGUUCGCCGAGAUCGUGCGGCAGAUGAACUACGCGGCGCAGCCCAACGGCGACGAGGGCUGCUGCUCGGCCUGCGUGAUCCUCUGAGGCGCCCGCGGCUGCCGCGCGCCGGCCGCGCUCUGCGCACAAAAGCCAAACGCACCCGACUCUAAAUGUGAUUCCUCUUCUUGCUCUGAGAUUGGAGACGACUUUGCAUUGGCCGGGGUGUCCCGGGAGCCCGGCUGGCCUCUACGGCCGGCGUCCCCUGCCUCCGCCCUGUGUCCGAAGGGGUGUCCCGUCCUCACCAUCCGAGACCCGGUGGAAAUGUGGCUCUUGGCAGCAUGUACGUUUCUCAUUGAUUUUGGUUGACGCAUAUUUCCCCCGUUUAAAUAGCCGUUAGGGCUCUGUAUUAUUGGCAGCUUGACACCGGCAAGCGAAAGUUUCAGCCUGGAAAAAAAUGGGGUGGGGAGGAAGAGGACGGGGAGAAGGUGGAAAGGGAGGGGGGAUUUUUUUUUUUUCUUCCAACAGCCCUUUUCUAGUUCCAAGUUUUAAAUACAUGGAAGGAAGUCCGGGAGAACCAAAUGAAGGAGCAGGAGGAAGGGAAGAAACUUUUGUUUUUUUUCCUUGUUUUCCAGGAGUAGCUGGAAAUUAAGAUCGGGUUCCUUUUCUGCCAGCUUGGAAGGGCAACCCUGUGACUGAUUGUGAUUCUAAGGAUGUCUAUGCAAAGUUGGAUUCUUGUUACAGUGUAUCCAAUCUGAAGUAUGCACAUCUGAACUGGGACUGUAAACACUGAUGCCAAUACAGUGUGGGGUGCCAGAAAGUGUCUGCUGAUAUUUGUGGAAAAAAAAUCUAUUUUGUUUACCUACUGUAUCAAAGGGGAGUCUGGGGGAGAACGGUAGUAUUUUUUUUUUAAUCAGCUGUGAAAAAAAAUGUUACAGAUCUGCA